AUGAACCUCAUCCUAGAGCUUCUCCUGCUGGUGGGCAUCAUCAUCUACUCCUACCUGGAGUCACUGGUAAAGUUCUUCAUUCCCCAGAGAAGGAAGUCUGUGGCCGGACAGACUGUUCUCAUCACGGGGGCCGGACACGGAAUAGGCAGGCUGACCGCUUAUGAGUUUGCAAGGCGGAAAAGCAGACUGGUCCUGUGGGAUAUUAAUAAGCACGGUGUUGAGGAAACCGCGGCCAAAUGCAGGAAACUGGGGGCUGUUGUGCACGUGUUUGUGGUAGACUGCAGCAACCGGGCGGAGAUUUACAACUCUGUGGAUCAGGUAAAGAAAGAAGUAGGUGAUGUCGAGAUCGUGGUAAACAACGCUGGGGCAAUAUAUCCAGCGGACCUUCUUAGUGCCAAGGAUGAGCAGAUCACCAAGACCUUUGAGGUCAACAUCCUAGGACAUUUUUGGAUCAUAAAAGCACUUCUCCCAUCAAUGAUGAGAAGAAACUCUGGCCACAUUGUCACAGUGGCUUCAGUGUGUGGCCAUGGAGUCAUUCCUUAUCUCAUCCCUUACUGCUCCAGCAAGUUUGCUGCCGUGGGCUUCCACAGAGCACUGACUGCAGAACUGGACGCCUUGGGGAAAACCGGUAUCAAAACCUCGUGUCUCUGCCCUGUGUUCGUGAAUACUGGCUUUACCAAAAACCCGAGUACGAGGUUAUGGCCGAUAUUAGAGCCAGACAAAGUUGCAAGGAGUCUGAUCGAUGGGAUACUUACCAACAAGAAAAUGAUCUUUGUUCCAUCCUAUAUCAAUAUCUCUCUGAUACUGGAAAAGUUUCUUCCUGAACGUGCCUUAAAAGCUAUAAGUCGUAUACAGAACAUUCAAUUUGAAGCAAUUGUGGGCCACAAAACCAAGAUGAAGUAAUGCAUGCAGAGACGUGUGGACACUAAUGAUGUGAAGCCAAGUUUAGAGUGGAUACAAAGCUUUCCUUCACAUGUUUUAAGUGUUUAAAGUCUAGGCUUGGCCUAGCAGUCAUCCAGCGAAUAUGAGUGGUCAACUCUCCUUUUGGUCUCCUAUGCUUAUAGAUCUCUCAGCUCCUGGUAGUGGGUUCUGGCAAUGGAGAUACAGUAAGACAAUGUCCAUUACACAAUGAAGUGAAAAAACAAUCAGUGUGUUUUUAUAAAAUAAAUUACUAAAUAGAAAUGUGGGCAAAAGGGCAAGAUAAUAAAGUCUUGGACAAAUG